AUGUCAUCGGAUGGUUCAGAUACCACUUCUGAUGAUGGCUUUUUGAAUCGGUUUGGCCACUGCAUAGGGCAAGGAGUCUAUGGAACUGUUUACUCGCUGAGCGAUAACCCUGAUGAGGCGGUCAAAGAGAUGCGAAUAGACGGCAUGCCUGAGGACGUGCUAGAGGCUUUCGAAACAGAGAUAAGAAUUAUGCCUCAGCUAUCUCAUCCGAAUAUCCUUAGAUAUAAAGCGGUGCAUCAGGAAGGUGAUUUUGUGUAUAUUCGCAUGCAGCGCUAUGCUAAGUCCCUAGAGGACACAAUAAAGGUGUACAAAAGAAAAAGAAAGGAAUUUCCAAGGGAUAAGAUAAUAGAAGUUCUUCUGCAAGUGACGACAGGGCUCAUGUACCUUCACAGCCCAAAUAAGCAUGAUACCACUGGGAAUCCGCUAUCUGCUGUUAUCAUUCAUCGCGACCUUAAACCAGCUAACAUUUUGACUAAUGAUGACGAGACGCAGUUUGUUAUUGCAGAUUUUGGGUUCUGCAGAGAGGCUCUUAAAGACGGAUCCACCACGGCAGGCUCUCCUAUGUACUUUGCUCCAGAGGUUCUCUUGAAGAAAAAGUACAGUCCAGCCUCAGACAUGUGGAGCCUUGGGGUAAUCAUUUACGAGCUUGCUAGUGGUGUUAGACCCUUUUUCCUGUCAAAUGUUAAAUCGGAGAGUGACCUAUCUGAGGCAUGGAGACCUGACUUGAAUGCCAUUAAUGAUGGGUUCAUUAAAAGCGUGCUAGAGACGCUUCUCGUUCCAAACCCAAGUGACCGUCCUUCAGCUGAGCAACUCUUGAAGGAACUAGAUGAAUACCUUACUUCCAAAGAGUCUAAGGGAACGUUUCGUUUUAAAGAGCUAGAAGCCGAGCAUAGUGCGUUGCAGAAUACUCACAAGCAAUGCACUGUUGAGAUAAAUUUGCUCAAGAAAAUGUGUGAAGCCAAAGACGCAGACCUAAUUGGUUAUAAAGAACACAGCACAAAAUUAGAGACAGAGGUGGCCACGUUAAAGCAACAACUGAACUCUCUCAAGGCAACAGUCUCAGCACUAGAACACACACUCAAAGACGAACAGCUUUUAAAGAAAUCCUUAACCUAUGAAAAUGACGAGUUGAGGAAAAAACUAGAAUGCAUGGAGUCGCUGCAGCGCUUUUCAAUGCUCACUAGACUGAUGCGCACAGUUAUAAGCAAUAAUAUAAUGCUGGCACAUGCCUUCAUAGACGAGGACGCACAGAAGAGGGAUGACCGCUCAUUUACGGCACUGAUGCACGCAGCUCAACGUGGUCGCACUGCUUUUAUUCCGCUUCUUGUGGACAAAGAAAAGGGAAUCCAGGAUAAGUAUGGCUAUACUGCGCUCAUGCAUGCCGCGUACAGUGGCCAUACUGAUGUUGUAAAGAAGCUUGCUGCGUAUGAGAGCGAAUUGAGAAAUAACCAAACCCUUACAGCGCUGAUGGUUGCCGCCGGAAAAAACCACGUUGACUCGGUUAAGAUCCUCAUCAACUAUGAGAAGAACCUAACAAAUGGCAAGGGCGAGACCUCCCUCAUGAUUGCUGCGCAGCACGGACACAUAGAGACAGUCAAGGUACUAAUGGAUUACGAAUCAAAGGCACAGUCCAGGCUGGGAUACACAGCUCUUAUGGAAGCUGCUCGAAAGGGACACACCGAGGUUAUACGUCUACUGGUAGAGGUGGAGGAGAAUUUGCGAGCAAACGACGGUCGCACGGCCUUAAUGAUUGCUGCAGAGAACUCUAAUAAGGAGGCUGCAGAGGUUCUUAUGGCCUAUGAAAAGGACGCUUCCAACUGGACCACGCUUAUGUGUGCGGCGGCUCUUGGAGACGUCCAAUUGAUAGAGCGCUCUAUACACGAGCGAGGACAAGCAGACAAUCUGGGAAGGACAUCUCUCAUUAUUGCUGCCCAAAAUAACAAGAUUGCAGCAGUUAAGAAACUUGCGCAGCAUGAAAGUGGUGUCUCGGGGUGGACUGUUCUUAUGUAUGCAUCGUGUAUUGGAGAUGCUGAGCUGGCUGCACAAAACCUCCAUGAGGUGAAGCGUAAGGAUGACACAGGAAUGACAGCUCUCAUGUGGGCUGCGAUGCACGGCCAUCACGAGCUUGUAGAGCUACUGGUUGAGCAUGAGCAUGGUAUCCUAGACAAGGAUGGUCACACUGCCAUGAUGUGGGCUUCACGGAACGGACAUAGCAAAUCUGUCUCCCUGCUGCUUGAUCAUGAGAAGGGUAUGAAGAAUUCUAAGGGCAUGACCAGCCUUAUGUUAGGAGCUGCAGCAGGAUACUUAGAGGUGGUGCAGAUUCUUCUCGAUGUUGAAUGCAACUUGCAGGAUGCAGAUUUGAGAACAGCCUUGAUGCACGCCGCCAUGAAUGGCCAUGUUAGUGUGGUUAAAGCCUUAGCGGAACAUGAGCGCGAUGUCGUUGAUGCAGAUUGUUGCACCGCCCUUCAAUUAGCAAAGCAGUAUGGACAGCAAGACGUCGCAGAAUUCCUGGGCGGCAGUACCGUCUUAACCUGA